AUGAUGCGAAAAUGGGCAAUCUGGAGGAAGACGAGUAGGCAAAUGGGGAACAGUGUACACGUAAUAGAGCGAGUCACCAGUAACGGGCUUGCCAGAUGCUUCAAGGUUGACUUUUACUGUAAGCUUGAUGGUCGAUGGGCGCAGUAUUGCAGAGGCCGGCUGUUUGCAAAGAUGGAAGCUCUCCAGAAUCCCUGUAUCGAAGCAAACUUUCUGGGGCCCCGUCUAUGCAAAGGCAAACGCACCCUCACCCCCAAUUCCCCGGGAAUCCUGAAGCCACAAUUCGAGCCAAGCUGCCGGAAUCGCCUUAGAGGGUGGAAGAUCGUAAAACGUCCAUCUGGCGUCUACGUUCCAGGGUCUGUUCGCAAGGUGUGCGCAUCGACCCUCGGCCCUAGACGUGAGGGAGUUUCGAUGCUUGUUAGUUCACACAGCGUGCCGGUGAUCGGACAGUCUGCUAUGUGUCUGAGGUAUUGUCUUGUAGCCAUGGACCAAGACACGCGGCUGCAAGCACACUGUCCGACAUCUUUAGACGAGACUCAUACCCGUCGGUCCCUUGCAGACAAGGCGGGAGACUCAUCGAGAUCUAUCAACGCUGGCGGAGUGAUCAGCGUUAAGGCCAUUGGAAAUGUCAUAUCCCCCACGCGGCCUCUUGCCGUGGAGACGGAAGUCGAACAGUAUAGCGGUGUACGACCCGGCCCAGAGCCCAUUUCGACCCGGCCUCUGGACUUCAGAAUUGGCAGUAUAUAAAGGGAAGGUUGUAGCUCGCUCUGCAGUGACUCCUCAUCAGACCCCUUGUGUGCAUGUGUGUACCUCGCAUCGCCUUCGUCCUAUACCUCAAAAGCAGCUCCAGUCAAUUGUUCUCCCCUCUGUUUGUCAGUGGUAUCAAGCAAGCCCAAGACAUCCUCCUCUCCGGGCUACGAAAAUACCCCGAGCUAUCCGCAGUCUGCCUAUCCGGUUCGAUUCUUUACAGCGCAACAUGUCACUCUGGACAAUGUACAACUUCCGUUCCGAAGUUUGGUCGGGCAUGGACCUUCUUCCAGUUGAGAUCAACAGGGAGGGGAAUCCUCUGAGUAAUUGUUCGGUCCAUGAUCCGCCUUCACCUCAG